AUGAUAGACAUACAGUCUUUUAACAAGUCCCUGAAAGCUACAUGGAUUAAAAAAUAUCUGGAUGAAGAGAACCAGGGAAAAUGGAAAUAUUUUUUUGAUAUAGAGUUAGAGCGAUUUGGAGGCACAAUAGUCCUCACUAGUAACUUAAACAAGAAAGAUACUAUUGAGAAUCUCAAGAUUAAGAAUAACUUUAUAAAAGAGAUACUUUCAAUCUGGGCGGAAGUCAAUUUUGAUGAAAACAAAACGUCCGAGAAACAAUUUCUUGAACAAACUUUAUGGCACAACUCACUCAUUAGAAUCGAUAACUGUUCCGUCUUUUAUCGUCAAUGGUUUGAUCGAGGCGUUACGAAAGUGAAACAUUUGAAAGAUGAACAUAACAAAUUUCUAUCACUAGCUGAGCUGCAGCAAAAAUACAGCCUCAAAGUUUGUCUUUUAAAGUAUUUCGGACUAGUGUCUGCUCUAAAA